UUGUGACUCUAUGAUUCUAAUACCGAGUCCAGGAGCAGUCAAGCUACCCAGGGGACCUUGGCUGUGAUGCUGGCCAGUCUGUUCGCUUAGCACAUUCCUGUCGAAUAAUCCAUUUCUUUACCAUGCCGCCAAAGACUAGGGUAGUGGAGAGCCAGGAACUUCCCAGGGAUGCUCGCCCGGGAGAACAGAUAGUCAUUACUGCAUUUCCCUAUAAGCCUCCUAAGACCUUACUGAACUUCCUGAAGGGGGAGCCGAAGAUGAUGGGGGUUUUCCAGAUUUUAUUGGGUCUUAUUAUCACUGCCAUGGGCUACAUUUUAUGGCAGAGCAUCAUCAGACUACAGCUUCAAAAGAAUCAUCCUAUCAUCUUUAUCACAGGGUAUCCAUUCUGGGCAGGAGCAAGCUAUGUUAUUACAGGAUACUUCACAAUUCUAAAUGAAGUAAAAUAUCCUCGCUGGAUGCACCUCAGUCUAUACUUGGGUGUGGUAAACACCUUGGUCGCUGCAUCAGGGAUUGCUAUCAUUCUUUACAGCUUCUAUGAAGACAAUUAUUUCCAUUGCCAGGCUCCUUUCAAAACUGGCAUAUGUGCUAUUGGUAGAACGCUCUUUCUAGGAGUGUUGUCUCUGAUACUCUUCUUCACUAUUGCUGAAUUGUGCAUCACUGUGACGGUCUUAGCCUUUAAGACCAACGUGAUAUGGAGAGAUGCCAAAGAGGUUGUGUUUUUCUUGCCUUCUGAAGGCAAGGAGUAUGGAAGUUCUGAAGAGGACAAACAGUUCAAGCUCCAGAUUCAGGCAAACCCUGCUGGUCAAAAUGAGAAGGAGCUCUCUGUCUCCUUAAUUGGGGAUUGUACUUUCUAAAGCUAAGAGCUACUACAGGAGGCCCUGGAGCCUUCCUGCCCAUUUCUUUUACACUCCCCCUCCUCCCCUUCUUCCCUCAUAUCACUCUCCUCUUCCCCCUUUCUCUUUUCCUUCCCCCCAAAUUAGAGGAAGAAACCAGAGAAAGUCACUCUCUACAAAUUAAAUUCCCUUGGAGAAUUUACAAGUUUCCCUUUCCACAGCAGAAGUUUACUCAGAGAAUCCAUUCUAAGUCACUCUCCUACAGGUCAAGUUCAACAAGAGAAUGCACAUGAGUAUCCUCUUUCUUUGUUCAGCAAGACCACUGAAAGAAUCCAAUGAAGUUCUACCAUCUUCUUGCCCAAGUUCACCAUGAGAAUUCUUCUGAAGUCCCACUUUUCUCCAGCCCAAAUUCAAAGAGAGAAGCCUUAGCAAGUCUAGCUUUCUUCAAGGUCAAGAAGAGAAUCCUUAGAUCAUUGGGGGGGUUUUCUCCCAACUCAGAGUCAUUGAUAGUAUCUGCUAAAAUUCCCCUUCCCCCUUUCCUCUGGACCACAUUCAUGGACAGAACACACUCACGUUCCACUAGCAUUGUACUCUAAAGAUACCAAGCCAUGUAACAGAGAAAAACAUAUUUUAACCAUUUCA